UUUUGGGGCGAAACUUUUGUAAUAUAGCAAAACUCAACAUUUAACUGGGACUUUCUUGUCACGUUUGUAAAUGCCCAGUCCAGUCCGUAUUUUCGUUUACGUUUAUUUAUGCGGAGUCUCGCCUCUGAUGAAUGCACGAAAAGUCGGAAAUAAUUCGAAACGAAGUUGAGGGGAUAAUGCGCGCCACCCCCCCCUCCCCCCUUCACACUCGCACUGACUAAGCCGAUAAGAUUUCCAGAUUUAUCAUCAUUGGCAGUGCAGACUGUCGGCAUUGAAUUAAGUAUUGUUGCAGUUGCCACUACCCACUUCCCCAUCUCCCCAUCUCGACCCCACAGCCAGCAAAUGGCAAAUGCAACAAAAUGCUGGCCAUUUCUAUGGGGCGGAAGCAUGUGUCCAGUCUGUGUGUCCAUUGGUAUGGUGCUUCAGUGGCGCCGAGUGGAAUUUACUAUGUCCGCCUGUGGCAUCAGCAACAGAAUCAGAAGCAGAAGCAGAAGCAGGAAACUUGUCCGGAACAUAUGGAGCCCACUCGCACUCUCGAUCUCGGACACAUUUAUUCCCAGCUAUCGAAGAGUGUAAACUUUGCUGCUCGACUUGGACCCGAUCCAUGUAGCAAUGGCCAUUGUCUUUGCUCCACUUUAACUGGCCGUAGGUACAGCAUUCAGCCGCUUUUAAUUGCCACAUGUGGCAGCAAUCGUGAUUGAUCACUUCGGAGUGGUGGCAGGUGCACUUCAUGGCAAAUCGGAACCAAUAAAUGGCUAAUAAUAAUAAAAUAAUAACGGAUAUGCAA